CACUUCUCUCCGUGCUUUGCUCUGAGUGGCAAUUUUUCCUAGCUUCUUGCCCAGGCCAAUCCUUCCAUGCUGUCAUCAAGCCCUACCUCCUGCACAUCCCCUAACCCGGACAGGAAGAACUCAUGUAAGAAUGUCCAGUGGGCUUCUGGAAGGAGGAGGACAUUAUCCACAGAUUCAGAGUCCAAGUCCCACUUGGACCCUUCCAAGCUGCCCAGGUCCCGGCGACCCAGUCGACUGACGGUGAAAUAUGACCGGAGCCAGCUCCAGCGCUGGCUGGAGAUGGAGCAAUGGGUGGAUGCUCAGGUUCAGGAGCUCUUCCAGGGUCAACCAGACACUUCGGAGCCUGAGAUUGACCUGGAGGCUCUCAUGGAACUAUCCACAGAGGAGCAGAAGACUCAGCUGGAGGUCAUUCUUCGAAAUUGCUCCCGCCCCACAGAGCCUUUUAUCUCUGAGCUGCUCAGUCAACUCAAGAAACUCCGGAGACUCAGUCGGCCUCAGAAAUAAGCCUGAGAGACUCUCCUCAGCAGCCUCAGCACUGCCAGGCUGCCCUGAACCUCUCCAUCCUAGCUGAGAAGAAAACUCCUUGAGACACAGACACAGAGGACAAAGAGAGACAUUUGUACAACCCUUGUAUAUGUGCAGUCACAGCUAGUUUCUGUUAGCUGGGUACUCUGGGAGCCAAUCACAGCUAUUGUCCAAUGCUUUCCUUGGCAGCCCAGUGGAUAAAACAUUUAUGAGUACCAGC